ACGAGAGUUUACGAGAUUUGCUCCAUCUUGGAAUUUCCACGAGGUUUCUCAGAAAAAAGGGCAAUAUAAUUAGGGCAUAUAAGCUCUGCCCAACGUUCAAAAAUGCCCACGAAAACUCCUUUGCCACCUAAAGAAAAUGCUCUUUUUAAGCGCAUUUUGAAAUGUUAUGAACAGAAACAGUACAGGAAUGGAUUGAAGUUUUCAAAACAGAUCCUUACUAACCCAAAAUUCUCAGAACAUGGAGAAACCUUGGCGAUGAAGGGACUGACACUAAACUGCCUGGGUAGGAAGGAUGAAGCAUAUGAUUAUGUUCGACGUGGACUAAGAAAUGAUCUACAGAGUCAUGUCUGUUGGCAUGUUUACGGUCUCCUUCAAAGAUCAGACAGAAAAUAUGAUGAGGCAAUCAAGUGCUACAGAAAUGCUCUGAAAUGGGACAAGGAUAACUUACAGAUCCUCAGAGACUUGUCUUUAUUGCAAAUACAGAUGCGUGAUCUUGAAGGCUACAAGGAAACUCGUUAUCAGCUGUUAGUUCUUCGACCGGGUCAGAGAGCAUCAUGGAUUGGUUAUGCUAUGGCAUUUCACUUGCUGAAGGAGUAUGAUAUGGCAUUGAAAAUCAUAGAGGCCUUCAGAAAUACUCAAACACCAAAGGCAUUUGACUAUGAGCAUGGUGAGUUGUUGUUGUACCAGAAUCUAGUGUUAAGAGAGAAAGGAAACAUGCAAGAAGCCUUGGAUCACCUUGAUAAAUACGAUAGUCAAAUAGUAGACAGGCUAACAGUGCAGGAAACCAAAGGAGAGAUAUUUCUAAUGAUGGGUCGGAAACCAGAGGCUGCUGUAAUAUACACUGACCUUAUUAAUAGAAAUCCAGAAAACUGGGCCUACUACAAGGGCCUUGAAGAUUCAGUACAGCCAGCAACGGAAGAAGCUCGCUGGAAACUGUAUACAGAUGUAGAGGAAAGAUUUCCUAGAGCUUCAGCACCAAAAAGAAUUCCACUAAAUUUUACCACAGGUGACUUGUUCAGAAAGCUAGUAGACAAAUAUUUACGGAAUGGUUUUCAUAAAGGAGUUCCUCCAUUGUUCAUAACCCUAAAAUCUGUCUACUCUGAACCAGCAAAGGUUUCAACAAUUCAAGAGCUUUGUCUAGGCUAUGUAUCAAGCUUAAGUGAACAUGAACUUUUUGAUAAGUCAGAUGAGAAUUGUGAGAAGGAGCCACCAACUGCAUUACUAUGGGUCUAUUAUUAUCUUGCUCAACAUUAUGACUAUAUUGGCAAUGCACAGCAAGCCUUACACUAUAUAGACACAGCCAUACAACACACUCCUUUACUUAUUGAACUUUAUGUUCUGAAAGCUAAACUUUUUAAGCAUGCGGGUGAUAUAGAAGAAGCUUAUAGAUUAAUGGACGAGGCACAGUCACUAGACACAGCUGAUCGUUACAUCAACUCUAAAUGUGCCAAGUAUAUGCUGCGCUCUAACCUCAUUACAGAAGCAGCGGACAUGUGUUCAAAGUUUACGAGGGAAGGUGUGUCAGCCACAGAUAACCUGAAUGAGAUGCAGUGUAUGUGGUUCCAGACAGAGGCUGCAGCAGCCUAUCAACGUCUAGGCAAGUGGGGCGAGGCAUUGAAAAAAUGUCAUGAAGUUGAUAGGCAUUUUACAGAGAUUAUAGAAGAUCAGUUUGACUUUCACACAUAUUGUAUGAGAAAGAUGACGUUACGAGCCUAUGUUGGAUUAUUACGAUUAGAGGACGUUCUUAGAAGUCAUCCUUUCUACUUUAAGGCAGCUAAAAUUGCAAUAGAGAUAUACCUGCAUUUACAUGAUCAUCCUCUAUCAGAUAAUGAUAAAGAUAAUCUACUAGACGCAGACAAUCUAACACCAAGUGAAUUGAAGAAAUUAAAGAACAAACAAAGAAAGCAACAAAAGAAACUAGAAAAAGAGAAAGAAAAACAGAAGGAACAAGAGAAAAAAGACCAUCCAAACAAAAAACAACAAGAUCAGGACCAAGAUGGACCUAAAGAAGAGGAGCUUGUACCUGAUAAACUAGCUAAAGCAGAUAACCCAUUAGAGCAAGCAAUCAAAUUCCUCAAACCUUUGCAAUCACUAGCUCCUGAAAAAAUAGAAACUCAUUUAUUUGCUUAUGAAAUUUAUUCUAGAAAAGAUAAGUUAUUAUUGAUGUUGCAAUCUCUAAAACGUGGAUGUCAAGUAGACAGUCAAAACCCACAGUUACAUGUUUAUCUUCUCAGGUUUUUUACUCUAGUGAAGAAGCAGAAGUCAGAGGGCAGUAUACCAGAGUCUGUGAUGCGUGUUUUAGAUAUCGAGAUGGAGAAAUUAUACAGCUGCCAAGAUGCAAAUAAGCUCAAUGAAGAGUUCCUCUCAAAAAAUGUUAAUUCAGUAUUACAUAGAGCAGCAGCUGCUCGUAUGAUGUUUGAGAUGAACUCUGACCCAUCCACACAAGCUAAGGCAUUACAGCUUGCCACUGCUGUUAAUCAAGAGUUAAAAGGAGUCUCACCAAAGAAUUGUCGGGAAGUGUUGGAGUAUAUUUGUCGAGGUGAUUUUGGUCAAUGUGAGGCAGAAGCCAUGUCAUAUCAGGAAAGAUGCCAUAAACUGUUUCCCCAUGUCCCCUCAUUUCAUAUACCAAACUCACAGUCACAACAAAUAGUAACCAAUGGCAACAUGUCAACAUAACAGCUGCAAUCAACAUCGCAUCAGUUGUCUGGAAUUUCUUACCUAGUGUUAAUUACUUCACAAUACCGGAAUAGUCAGUGCAGGUUUGACUUCUAUUGAAGUUACUACAGACUGGUAGGGAUUGACUGACAACAGUAGGAAACUUUCCAGUGCUCAUCUGUACAUGAGAAUGCAUGCGUGUGUGUGUUACCUUUCUCCCUAAUUCUCCAAGAAUAAAAUUCUAGAACUAUAGAAAAAAAGAAUUCUUAUUCCUUGCAACAAAACCUUAAUAUUGAAGACAUUAAUGAUGAUUGUAGCUGAAAGUUAAGUAUGAAAUAGUAAAAAUGGAAGGAACAAAUUGAAAUUGUUUUAUGAAUGUAAUGUCAUAGUUACCAUGGAAAUCCAAAUUUGAUUUAAGUCUGACAUCAUUUUCCACUUUAACUGGUUUAGUCUGUUACUUAAUGCAAUGGCUGAAAAGUUAAUUUGUUUGGGGAAAAACUUGUCAAAAUAUAGAAGAUUAUAUAUGACUAUCUUUAUGUAAAAAAAAUCCCAUUUUCAGUCAAAAAUAUACAGAAGAAGCCAGAUAAUUUGCAUUAAUUAUAUAUCAUGGGUCAUUUUUUCUUAAGAUCCAUAUAUAAGAUAAAUUAGAUGUGAUAUAGUUUGUUUCUUUUCUGUUUUGACACAAGAUGGCAAAUGAAACAAAAUGAUUGAAAGGCUAUGCAAAAUUUUACUCUUUAAAAGUGUGUAUAAUAAUAAGACAUUGGUAAAUCAUCCAGAAUCAUUACUGCUUAGUAGAAUAAAAAAGGUGUACAGCUUUCUUCUUUCUUCAUCCAUGCCUUAAUGAACAAAACCGCAUCUUUUGAAAUGUUCAUUUUGAUCAAUUUUUUUUAUCUGUAGUAACAUGAUCCAUCUUCUACAAUCUUUCAACACGAGAUUCAUUAUAUAAGUUUUCAUUUGAAAAUAACAUUUCCCAUUUAUAAAUGUAACUGUACCAGGUUUGUUCUUCCUUAUUUAUUGUAUAAAAUUGGAAAUAUAGUUGGAUACUUUCAACCUGCAGUAUUUGAUAGCCUUGUUAAAUAAAAUCUCGGAUAUUGUAAACCAUCUUGGUAACAUCAAUGAUAGAAUAUUUAUGACAAAUUAUUGUGACACAUUUUUGAAAUGGAUUUAUUUGAAAUUUUUGUGUGAAUUAAUUAAAGCUGUUGAAUAUGAUACAGAAAAUAUUACAUGAAGUUAGUGAUUUAAAUGACAUUAAAAUGAGAACACUAACCAGUGCUUUAUUUCUCCCUGUGUGCUGUAGUCAGCUUGUUGAACAUUGCCAUGUUUUGUAUGUGUACAUGUAUGUGAUUUUUAUACGAUUUUGUUACUGUAUAUUACAUUAGUGAAUGAUUGAUUGUUGAAUGUUAAUUUUCACGUGCUUGUUUUACUGAUCCCUAUGACAGUGAACAAGUCUGGGUACCUUUAAAGUUUAUCAAAUUAUAAAACACCUUUGUAUGGUUUAAAAUACCAGUCUACACUUUUAUUUUAGAAAAUAUCAUGUAUUGGAGAGAGGGGUAACCGAGAUAUUUUGGCCCGUGCAUUUAGUUUCCAUGUAAUAAAAUAAAACUGUAAAAGCACAAAUGUCUCUGUAAAAUAUUUAAGGAAACUUCAUAGUUACCUUUCACUUUAUGGGAUGGGGUUUGUUCAAUUGUUCGUGAAACCCUACUGUUAAUCAUGUUAGAAAUUUUGAAGUCUAUUUAUAAUUUAUUAUGUUAAUAAUUACAAAAUUAAGUUGUGAAUUCCUCAGAAUGAAUCUGUUUGAGUUAAUGAACACUCCAGUGUUGUGUUGAUGAACACUCAGUGUUUGUGUUGAUGAACACUCCAGUGUUUGUGUUGAUGAACACUAUGUUGACAAACACUUGGUGUUUGUGUUGAUGAACACUCAGUGUUUGUGUUGACAAACACUUUGUGUUUGUGUUGAUAAACACUGUGAUUGUGUUGAUGAACACUCAGUGUUUGUGUUGGUGAACACUCAGUGUUCGUGUUGGGCUUUUUUUGUCAAGCUGUCCUUUAUAUGUUAACAGUGUUUUUUCAGUGAUAUUUACCAAAGUUUAAGAAUUGAUUUCUCUUCAAUAAGAAUAUUACUAGUAUUUUGAAGGGAUCAUAUUGCUGGUUGUUUAUGUAUAGGUCAUUGUUACAUAACUCAUCAAUAUAAACAAUGGAGAGACUGGACACAAUAAAUUGCAGGCACAUUCUAGGUAUAAAAGUGUUGUAAAUCAGCUUGAAAAGUUCAUAUUACAGAUUAAUAUUAAGAUAAUCCCAUUGAUUAAGUUCCUUUGGAAACAUUUUUUUUUCAUACAACAACUUUGUAGAUUAGAUAAUCCUCAGUUCUCCCUGCUGGUGUGACUUCAUGGUUGAAAACAGACCACAAUCUGACUGGUGUAAAGGACGCCGAGUUGUCUAUAAUUAACCCAACAUCAGAGUUACACCAAACAGGAAUGGCCCUUAAACAUCACAUUCUUUCUCCAUCAGAAUUUACUAUACUCUAUACAUGUAGGUGCAAUCUGUUUGUGUAUAUUUUGACAGUUUAACAAAGGUGUGAGACACACAUAACAACAAUCUACAAAACUGAGACAUAAACUAAAUACAAUAUUCAAUAAAUUGCUACAUGUUGAAACAAUAUACAUGUAAGAGUAAAAAAGGUGAUUUACUCGUUGAUUGCUGUAUGUGAAGUUGUAUCCUCCUAAAUUGUCCGGUUGUUGACUGUAAGUGCACACAGAGGAUUGAUAGGUAGUCAUUGGGGGGAAUAUAUACACCAAUGACCAUCUUACAAAACCAGUGAGGACACUAAUACACUGCAGAUGUGGACGUCCUUUCUUCCCUUUUGACAAAACCAUGCUCAAUAUCAUCUGGAAAAAAAUGCUGGUCAAAAUAUUCUUGAUAAGUAUAUAUACACAUUUCUGUAUUUUCAAGUUCCAGGGUAAUGUGAUUGAAUACACAAAAUAGGAAUAAAAGACUAAUGAUAAGGGCUUGAAAAAGUGUGAAAAGAAAGUUCACCACAUUAUCUUAAUAUUAUAACUGUAAUAUGGGAGAAAUAGAUUUCUUAACUUGUACAUGGAUUGAUGAGAGUAAUGACAAUUCUGAAUAUUUUUUCUGUACAACAAGCUAUACUGUACUUCAUCUUGUUUUUGUACGAGUUGAAAUCAGUUUGGUAUGAAAAUUUGUGAGUAAAUUAAUCACAUUUGAAUCAUAUUUCAUACCACCUGAACCAUUAUAUCAUCAAAACCAUUAUAACAGUUGAUGUAUAAAUGAGUAAAACAAGCGAAUGUGUGAAACCUUUUAUUUUAUUAUUUCUACUUGUUCAAGCAUUUUUGUAUAAAGAGCUCGACAUUAAAAGUACCAAUAGAGAAGAAAUGAAAUGAAAAUAAGAAACUAAUUUACCUGUAGUCUUAUUAUUUUUAAUGCAAUAACUAGUAAAUUAUACUUAAACAAGCUGUGUCUAUUUUGUUUUGUUAUUGGUUGCCAUGUUAACAAGAAAUUUACAGAUAUCCGUAUGUAUAAUGUACUGAUGUUCAAAACACUCGAACUAAAGUUAAUAAAUGUCAAAAACUGUUUUCCAUUUACAUUAAUACAUAUAGUGUUAAUAAAAUUGGUCUCUUUUGUUCACAGUUAUUAUAUAUUAAGGUUGACAGAUAAAAUUUUAUUGUUGACUCUUUUGUGAUAUUCUUCUCCAUUUUGUUUGUACAUCAAAUUCAGUUUUAAAUGACUUGAUAAAAGUAUAAUUUUAGCCAUAUAAAUAAACGUUUAUUGUCAGUGCUUUUUCUAUACACCAACUAAAGUAAAAAUAGUCUAUUCUUUGUUAAAUACACACUUUGGUGAAACUCUGUGCACAACAAACCAGUAAAAUGAUGUUGUACUGAAUUAUGAUGUUAAUUCAAGCACAUUAUUGAAGAUUAUUUGCUAUAAUUAAUUGUUUGUAGAAAUGUCAAUGGUUUUACAAAAAAAAACUAUUUAUUGUUUUGAUAAGAAAAUUUGAAUAAACUCAUAGAAAAUUUA